AUGUUCCGGAACGGUUGUGCAUAUGAAUACGUGCGGAGAUUUGAGAAGGAUGAUGGCCUGUUGGAGAACACAUGGAUUGUGGUACGCAUCGAUGGCCGUGGCUUUUCAAAAUUCACCGCCAAGUAUGAAUUUGUCAAACCGAAUGACAAGAAUGGCCUAGACGUCAUGAACGCAGCAGCAAAGGCCGUCAUGAAAGAACUGCCCGACCUUGUCAUGGCAUUCGGCAACAGCGACGAAUUUAGUAAACUCACCACGACUAUUGUAUCGACUUUCACCGCAUAUUAUGUAUAUUCUUGGUCAUUAUACUUUCCUGAUAAGCCCCUCACGCCGCCUUUACCAUCAUUUGAUGGACGUGCUGUGCUCUACCCAAGCGACGACAACCUUCGGGAUUACCUAAGCUGGCGCCAAGUCGACUGCCAUAUCAACAACCUAUAUAACACUACUUUCUGGGCCCUUGUUCAGAAGGGUGGAAUGGGAGCUCGAGAAGCAGAACAAAGACUCAAGGGUACCGUGUCGUCAGAAAAGAACGAGAUCCUGUUCAAAGAGUUUGGCAUCAACUAUAACAACGAGCCGGACUGCUUCAAGAAGGGCACAGUACUGUAUAGAGAUGUAAGAGACGCUUAA